AUGGCCUCAUUUAUCAUCCAUCCUGUGAUGAAAGUGGCCCAUCGGAUUCUUGCUUCGCUCGUCACCACUAGAGAAAAGAGAAGCACCAUUAGUGCUCUUGAGCUAGAAAUACUCUAUGUAAUGGCCCACCCGGACGAUAAUCUCAUUCCUUACUAUGGCUCAUUCCUGUUUAACAAACUCACCCACCUCAGGACAUCACGAUCUGGAAAAAUAUCUUUUGGUGGCAUUCUCUUCCCCGAUUCCUUCUCUAAAGAGGAAGAAGAGGAAGAUGGAGACAGUGACGAGAGUGGCAAGGCAAUGCCACAAAAUUCUCCUCCCAUGGGUGGUGUCGGCUCAUCCCAUCAAGCUGGACACCCAUCCUAUCACCAACAGUAUAUGGAUCAAUUCCAAUAG